CGGAUAAAUAAGCAGAUCCAAAGAUUACGCCUACAACAUCACAAACUCUACCUCUUUUAUUAUAAGUAGCCGUAGAUCACGGCUAUCACGCAUUGAUGUUGUGAAGAGCGAGGUGUUUGUUAUUGUUGCAAUAAACCAUAAUAAAGGAAGAGUGGCGAAUACUUUCGCGCUGCGCUGUGCGCUGUUCGGGCCUCAGCCGACUGUUUACUAAACAACGCGCCAUUGUGCACCCGCUCACACGUCCCCUACUACGAACCACAAUCACACGACUCGAUUCAAAUACAAACGAGUAGGCACUUCGAAAGUCAAUCUAUUAAACAGCGAAAAAGUUUGUUUUUAUGGUAGAAUAAGCGGGCCAAUCUCUGAAUUCAGUUUUUCCAAUCGAAAAAAAUAUUCAUCCCCACUUUACAUGUAGGGGAAGUACUUAUCCUAUAAAAUUACAGCUUUCUAGUAGUAAUCGUUUUUGAGCUGAAUUGCGGACGGACAGAGGGACAUGGCAAAAAAAAAGGAUACCUUGUUAACUACGGAACCCCAAAAACAAUUGAUGAAAACAAAACGGUUUACUGCUACUCACCGCUCACCGCCUGUUUAUCGCAAUAAUUACCGCAUUAAACUGCCGAUGUUGUAAUUCAAAUUCAAAAAAAUUCAAAAUUCAUUUAUUUCAAGUAGGCUCAGUUUACAAGCACUUUUGACACGUCAGUUGACUAUUUGUAAAGAUUCUACCACCGGUUCGGAAGGCAGGUUCUGCUGAGAAGAUACCGGCAAGAAACUCAACAGUUGCUCUUUUGAAAAAAGUCAUACAGUAUUACAAUUUACAUUUGAUAACAAUUAAAUUACAAUUUCUUAUAGUUUUAUUUCCUGUGUGAAGGUGGAAGCUGAUCCAAUGGCCUCCAAGCACCUUUGUCGUUAAGGAACUCAUCAAUAGUGUAGUAACCUCGACUAAGUAAAUGUUUUUUAACACAUUGCUUAAAGUUGUAAUGUAGUUACUAGCAUUUAUAGCCAUCAUGUACUUUAAAGAUUGACAUUGUUUUUACUGUCUACACUAGUUAAUGCUUGUGUAUAUCAGUUUUCUACAAACACCUACUACAAUUAAUUUGCUUGAUAAUAAUCUUUUGACCAACCAAACGAAUAAACAUUUUUCAGCGGUCUCACAAAAAAAAAUCGUAAAAGAACUCGAAACGAACUCGAACAAUACAUUGGUAGUGGUGCUGGGAACAGGUGAAUAUGGACAGCAUAAAUUACGACGACGAGGAGAAGACGCGCGAGUGUGAGUGCGGACGCUGCUUUGAUUUGCGCUGGUUACUGUGUUGCUUCACCUGCCACUGCAAGUGCACGACGAAAGGAUUAUGACCGUGAUGCUGCCUGUGAUGCUGCUUGCGUUAUUCGCCGCCAGUCAGGCGGCCCCAGAAUGUAAAAACUGCGUGAUGCUGGGCAAGGACGAGAAGGCGAUGUUCCGCGCGCACUCGGACGCGUGCCUCGCCGCGUCGGGCGCGCCGCGCGACGCCGUGCUGCGGCUGCUGCGCGGCGAGCCGCUCGACGAGCCCGCGCUGCGCCGCCACGUGUACUGCGUGCUGCGGCGCUGCAAGCUGAUCGGCAAGGACGGCAAGCUGCAGAAGGCUGCCGUCAUGGGGAAGCUGGCGCGCGCUGAUGCCAGGAAUGCUACCAAGGUGUUGGAGAGCUGUGGCCAGCAAGGCGACAAGCCCGAAGACCUGGCGUGGAGUCUGUUCCGCUGCGGCCUGGACCGGAAGGCGAUGCUGCUGCAUCACCUGCCCAAUGAUACUGACGACGACAUGUAGCACCGGCGGCAUCUGGGCGCCUGCAGCUUGCAGUCAGGGGUGACGCCUUCAGUUCUGACUUAUCCACUACCUCCAUAUAGAAAGAUCCUCAACUUUAGUGAUAACGUCCCCUUAUGGGCUUUUGAUACUUCCAGGCAGAGUGGGCAAAAUAAGGUUGAGAACCUAUGAUAUAGACAGCAGCGGCGAAGAGUCCAUACAGGCCGAUUCCCGCUGGGUUACCUUUUAAAAACCCAUACAUAACAUUCAUUAUUGUAAUGAAUAUGUAUGGAUGUAUGAGAAACCAGAGUUUGUAUCAAGCGGGAUGAAUUUCCUUUUUUUUUACCUUCGGCGACUUACCUUCGUCAAAAUUCCAUCCCUCGCCUCUGAUAGACAGGCACCUGAAAAACAUAUUAACUGUAUGCAGUACCAGCAAUAGAGAAUUGUUUUUAUGUUUGUACGCACAAGAAAAAAAAAAUUCAUGACAUGAGACUGUUAAUCAAUGAGGCAAUUAUAUCAGCGCGUUAUCAACUGAGUCGAUAUUUUGUUUUUUAGUGAGUUUUAUUUACUUUAGCAGCAUUGUGGUGUUCAGUCCUUAAUCCUGUAAGUGCGGAGGCUGGCUUUGUAGUUUGUACUGACUAGGCUAUAGGUGUAUAGUAGUCCCGACAACUCACUUGAUAACGCACUUAUUAUAAGACUAUUUACUACUACAUAAUUGUUUUUUUUUGUAAGUAAUAUAAAUGAAUAGGUAAAUAAGUAGGUAGAGCAUUUGGUAUUUAACAAUAUUAUUUUGAAAUAUAUUGUAUAGAUAUAGGUCGCACAAAAAUUUUAAUCCGCACUGAUAUUGCAACACGCCGAACUUCACAGCUAUCAUUAUCCUGGCCAGUGGCGUGCAUAAGGUUGUCGUUCAGGGUAUGCACUAGUAAGAAAGUUAAGCUAACUGGAAAAACAUUUAUAUAAUAAGCAUUAAGAAGUCAACUAUUAGGGCAGUACUUUAAUGCAUGUAUGAAGUGCACGCCACUGAUCCCGGCUGGGUUAGUUUUCGCUUAUUGCGCAACUACAUGCCUCGUGUUCAAAGCGGACUUGUAGUCUGGCGCGACCUAUACCUACUCUGUUUUAGAUAGAAUUACCUAUCUCUCUAAAUGUAUGCCCCGCCUACAGCGCAAGUGCCCACUUUGACCUCCUUUCAUACACUACAAAACUAAACCUCCUAAAUCCAUCCCUCAGAGCAGUCCUCAUGAUAUCGUCUUAUCAAAGUGAUAAUGUGACUCGAACUGAACUGAACGUGUCAUCCCCUUAUUGUAAACGUGUAUAUUAUAAGUUACCGAUGUAUUGGAAUAUAUUUAAUUGUAGUAUUCUUGAUACUUUGUUUAUUUAUUUUAUACUAAAUGUAUUUUUCUUCAAUAAAGUUUAUUAAA